CGUCCGGAUCGUCGUACGGGCUAAUAAACGAAUUACACGAUACAUAUUAUAGAUGAUCGUUAUUUUAGUUAUUUGUUUCAUGAUAGUUACAUAUUUUACUUUUCGGACUACUCGUUUUCUGACCCGUAGGUGUGUUUUAACCGUCGUACGGGUUAAAAUUAAUGUAAGCCAACUGUUUUGUUGGCCAAUUACUGAACACCACAUACGUGUUCGCCGAGCCAAUAAUAUGGAGCUCUCCUACAUGAUUCGACAAUUGGAUUUUGUAGUGGCGAAUACGUGAAAUGCUCUAUUUCCUGAACAUAGGUUUCUACGUAUUAUGUUGCAAGAUCCCUACAUCAAUAUAUUUUUUAUUGUGCAAUUAUGACAACAAUCUUAUAAUCAAUCCUCACAUUUGGACUGAUAUUUCAAAUUCCUAUAUUUUAACAAGAAAAAACUAUAUUUGUAUUAAAAUUCAAGUAGCUGGAAAAUCAUCAAUCAAACAUGAUUUUAAAUAUUAUGGCACAAAUACUAUUGAUAAUUAAAUUAAAAUCCAUCAUUUAGUUAUUAUAUGCUAAUAUGAAAAAAAAUCGGUUUUUAGCAUUAGUUUUGUUCAGUAUAUUUAUAUGGCUAGGUAUUAAUCAUUUUAUACUCAAUGAUAAUUUCAUUGCUAAGCCCAAUAAUUAUCUCGAUGAAAAUUUGGAUGAUUUUGAGUUGCGUUUGAAAAUUGAAGUUGAAACACACAAUUUAAUACGUGAAAAUAUUAAACAGUUAAAUUAUUCAAGCCACGAAGAUAGCUAUCAAUUUAAUGAACACAGUUCGUCAAAUUCAUCAAGUGUUGCUAUUUUAGUAAUUGCUUGUAAUCGCCCAUCUAUAUCAAGGUGCAUAAACAAAUUACUAAAAUAUCGUAAAUCAAAAGAUGAGUUUCCUAUCAUUGUGUCUCAAGACUGUAUUCAUGAAAGAACAUCACAAGUUAUAAAAAGUUUUGGUAGAGAGUUAAUUCAUAUACAUCAACCUGAUCAAAAAGAAAUUAAAGUGCCAUCUAAAGAGAAAAAAUUUAGUGGUUAUUUCAAAAUAUCGAGACACUAUAAAUGGGCACUUAAUCAAGUUUUUAACACAUAUAAUUAUGAAACUGCGAUAAUUGUUGAAGAUGACUUGGAUGUAGCUCCAGAUUUUUAUGAAUAUUUUAAAGCUACAUUACCAAUUCUUCAAAAAGAUGAAACUUUAUGGUGUGUUUCUGCUUGGAAUGAUAAUGGAAAAUUUGCAUUGAUUGAUAGAAAUGAUCCAAAGCUGUUAUAUCGGUCAGAUUUUUUUCCUGGUCUUGGGUGGAUGUUAACUCGCAAAAUAUGGAUAGAAUUAAUGCAUAAAUGGCCCCAUAGUUAUUGGGAUGAUUGGAUGAGACAUCCUGACCAAAGAAAGGGGAGGUCAUGUAUAAGACCUGAGUUAUCCAGAACAAAAACAUUUGGAAAAAUAGGUGUUAGCAAUGGCCUUUUUUAUGAAAAACAUUUAAAAUAUAUAUACUUGAAUGAAUUACCAGUUGAUUUUACCAAAUUAAAUUUAACUUAUUUGCUAAAAAAUGAAUAUGAUAACAAUUUUGUAGAGAUGGUAUAUAAAACACCACUUGUUAGUAUUAAUGAACUUAAAAAUAAGCAAAUUAAUCACAGUGAUCCUGUAAGAAUCAUCUAUUAUACCAAGAAUAACUUAAAAUCAUUAACAAAAUUAUUUGGUCUCAUGGAUGAUUUCAAAAGCGGUGUACCAAGAACUGCGUACAAAGGCAUAAUUAGUUUCACAUAUGAUAAUAGGAGAGUGUAUUUAGCACCUGUUAAAGAAUGGCAUAAUUAUGAUCCGAGUUGGCAAUGAAUAAUCAUGUACUAUCUUUUUGAAUAUAGUUUUAUAUAUAAUGUAAAUAAAAAGUAAUAUUUUUAUUACACUUAUUUUAUUUUAAUUAUAAUUUAAACUCAAUACAUCUACAUUACUAGCAUACAAAUUUAAAGAGUGUUUCAUAAAUAGCACAGUUUUUAAUUUUGAUAUAAAUCAAUUUAAUUAAAUAAAAAAAAAAAUUAUUAACUAUUUUAUAUUUUGUUUUACUAUUAUAAGUUGAGAAUCAAAUGUGAACUACUAUAUUGGUUAUAUCACCAACUUUACUUGCUCAGCUAGAGGUUACUAAAGUAACUAGAAGUAAAUGUAAUUUUUAAUCAUAUUUUCUGAACUUUAUCCAUCGAGUUCACUGAUCUGUUAAAUUUCUUGCUUGAGGUCCAUUAAAUUUUGCAGUUUGUUUUCAAAAACUUGAAAUGUUUUAAAGUGUCACACGGGAUUUAAUUUUAUGUUUUUGGUAGCUAUUGCUAAUUGAUGCAGUGG